UUCGUUGGAUGCAAAAAAAACAUUCCAAAACAAAACAAGAGAUAAAAAUUACAUAGCGUUUUCGUGUUUCUGUGAGCAGUCACAGAAAUAUUAAGAAUUUUGCAUUCGGUUAUAAUAAACGUAAUAUAAAAUGCAUGAGGCGUAUGUAUUGUACCCUCCGGAAAAAAUUCCGGUUCAAAUUGAAUCCAUGACGGGAUUUGAGAACAAACUAAUACUAGGAACGCGCCAGGGGCAUCUGCUGAUGUAUUCCUUCGAGCCUAACCAGGAAACGGGUAAGCUGGAUCUGCAGCUGCUUCAGUAUAAUAAAAGUUUCAGCAAGAAACCCAUCACCCAGAUUGAAGCCAUUCCGGAGUAUAAACUCAUCUUCAGCCUAUCGGAUGGCGUUGUGAAUGUGAACGAUUACAGUCGCCAUGGGUUUCCGUUGAUUCACACCGAGCAGAAAACUAAGGGUGCGACCGUGUUCGCACUGGACAUAAAGAAAUCGAAAUCCCUUACCGGCGAGCUUGCUUUACUUUGCCGAUUAUGUGUCGCAGUUAAGAGGAAGCUGCUGUGCUAUUAUUGGAAGCAAACCAAAUUACUGCAGCUGGGAUACGAGAUUGACUUGAACGAUGUUCCCAAAAGCAUCGCCUGGGAUAAGAAUUGCAUAUGUGUGGGAUUCAAGACUGAGUACGUGAUUUAUGAUAUUUCAGGAGAUCAACCAAAGAGAAUUGACUUGUUUCCCACGAGUUCCUCGAAAUCUAUUGAACCUUGUAUUUCGCUGAUCGAGGAUGGAGUUUUUGCUGUUGCUAAAGAUGAAUAUCUUGUCGCGGUUUACACCGAGAAGUAUAUGAACGAUGGAAAGGAUGGAAAUCAGAAAACCACGGGUUUGGUUAAAUCUGACGCCUCGCUGCUAACUACAAAGGAUACAAGAAAUUUGAAGUCGCUGGCUUGGAGCGAACCAUUCCAAGCCUUGGUUUGGGACGAGCCGUAUAUUAUCGGACUGGUAACGGAUGGCGUAGAAGUACGCGUGUUUGAUAAUGUGAAUACGGCCGAUAAAGGGUCGUUGAUUCAGACUAUCCCUCAGUUGCAAAAAGCACGGUUUUUGGUGCGCGGAAAGCGAGGAUUACUAUACGCUGCAUCCGUUUCACACUUGUGGUGCAUUCAGGCGGUUGAAAUUGCUAAACAACGUGAGCAUCUACUUCAGGAGGAAAAUUUUCACUUGGCGUUACAACUAACGCAUAUAUCCGACGAAAGUCCAGAGUUUAAAUUAACCAAAAUAAACGAAAUUCAAACGCGACAUGCUUACAAUCUAUUCAUCGACAAACAUUUUCGCGAGUCAAUGAAGGAGUUUUCCAAAUUGAAUACCGAUCCGAUUGAUGUCAUCAGGUUAUUUCCAGACCUUCUUCCGGACAAUGGAAAAAACAAGUUGAGUUCGUACUCUAAAAAACCAGCACCUGUACUCGACGAGAAAGACAUUGAGCGUGGUUUAUUGGCUCUCAUCGAUUACUUAACGGAAAAUCGUUACACUCUGCGACAAGAUAUGGUUAGCAAAACGGAUUCAAAGCUAUCUUCUGGCAAAAACAUUCCAGCAUUACUCUCCAUAAUCGAUACCACACUGUUAAAAUGUUACCUACAAACAAAUGAUUCCCUGGUUGCAUCCGUACUGCGAAUGAAUUAUUGCUAUCUGGAGGAAUCAGAACGUGUGUUGAAAAAAUACGAUAAAUACGUUGAACUCACAAUUUUAUAUCAAACAAAGGGUCAACAUAAGCGAGCGCUACAGCUGCUGCAAUCACAGGCGGAAACUCCAGGCUCUCCGUUGUACGGACACGACCGCACCAUUCAGUAUCUACAACAUCUCGGGAUUGAACACAAGCAUUUGAUUUUUGAAUUUGCCGGAUGGGUUCUGGAGAAACAUCCUGACGAUGGGUUGAAGAUAUUCAUCGAAGACGUUCCGGAAGUGAAAAAUUUACCACGGGCUGAGGUGUUGGAUUUUCUGCUGAAAAAUCACAAACAACUCGUUGUUGGGUAUUUGGAGCAUAUCAUCAAUGUGUGGAAUGAAGAAAAAGCUUUAUUCCACAACAUAUUGAUUCAACAGUACCGUGAAAAGCUGAUCGUCCUGAAGAAUGAUGCCGAUGUGGAGUCGGAUGUUCAAAAGAAAACAGCUAGAGACACAAUCAACGAUAAGCUGUUGGCGUUCCUGAGAAAAUCCAAAUUUUAUCACGCGGAAAAAGUGUUGGGAGAAUUUCCUUACACCGAUUUGUUCGAAGCGCGAGCUAUUAUCUUAGGGCGCCUAGGAAAACACGAGAAGGUUCUGGCCAUAUUUGUUCAAAUCCUGGGCGAUUUCGAUAAGGCGGUCAAAUAUUGUGAUCAAACUUACGACGAGAAUGACCCGAAAACCUGUGAUGUCUACGUCACGUUGAUUAAAACGAUACUCACACCUCCGACGUCGCCACCAUACAGUGAUGUGGAACUGCAUCCGCGCUGCCUCCAGCCGGACAUCGGAACCGUGCUGGUUAUAUUGGAGAACAAUGCCAAGAAAAUAAACCCCCACGCGGUUCUCCAAAUUCUGCCCGACGACAUUCCACUGGAGUCUAUUAAAAAUUUUCUAGAAAUUGCUCUGAACUACCAUCUCGAGCGGAAACGCCGGGCACAGAUACUGAAGGGGCUGUAUUACGCAGAAAACUUGCAAACACAUGAACAGAAGAUUCACUUUGAGUUGAAGCAUUUUCUUGUGACGGAUUUGACAGUUUGCCCGGUGUGUAAGAAGAAGUUCAGCUACCAGAGUGCAUUCGUUCGUACUCCAGAAGGCAGCAUUGUGCACUUUUCGUGCCAGGAUAAAAUCUGAACCUUUUUACAAUGCGUUAGAAUUGUAAAGUUGUAUGAUUAUUAACUUAGAGGCGAAUGAACUGCAAAGUUUAAAGCCUCUUAAAAACAAAGAAGAUAAGAUGUAUGAUUAUUAACAGUGUUAAGAUCCUAGAGUUCGAUUAGGCAAUAUUCGGCUUUCCUAUACUCCAAUGAACGGAGCGCUGUGAUUUGUUCGGUCGCAAAAAGGUUUUCUGAUUACUAUUUAUCAAUUCAUACUGUCCGGCCCUUUGCGACUUCCAUGAGACCGUUUUUAAAAUAAUUAAUUAUCUGUUAUAUAUUUUCAGCAAUAUAUAGAAAUUCUACUAAAUUAGCGCCACUCGACGUCACUGGUAGUAGGUAAAAUAUCAUUUCCAAAACAUACAUUGACUCAAAUUUGUAUUUGUACACUAUGAAUGAAUUCAAUUAUAACUUACAUAUAUAAGAGACGAAUGAACUCUCUGAGUUUAAAGUCUCUUUAAUUCAAUACCGUUACCGUUACAUAUACAUACUUUGCGAUUAAGAAUACUUUCCAUUCAGUCCGCAUGAGGAGUAUUUGCACAAUAUCAGUGUCGAUCCCCGCUCCCAAAGAUAUUUAUUGUGAAAAAAGAAAAUAUUCAGAAAUUCGA